AUGGAAUCACAGGAGGAAACCCUGGAGAAAUACCGGGAAAAAUGCCAGCAAGAGUUGUUCAAGGAUUUAUGUAGUGUCUUCAAUCUAUGCAUUGACUACAAGUGUUUCUCUACAUCAACUUUUUGGCUGAUAAUUGAUUGGCAGCGCAAUCAAACCGUGUUCAACUUCCUGGAAAACGUGAAUUUGUACGUUGAUGCAGAAGUAAAAGUACUCACCCGAAACGGACUGUACGAUGUGUACAACAAUGGACGUCCACUUGGCGGACAACUCAAUGUAACGCUCGACAGAGACAUCAACCUGGAGACGAACCGGCUGGGGCCGAGUCGCUUUGCUGGUAAACCAAAAUACGAACAUCGAAGAACUUUGACGGAUUUGACGCUUCGAGUGGGAACCGUGUCGCAAAGGUUUCCGCGUCUUAACAACUCUAUUGAGCAGGUUGUUACUCAUUUGGAGUCGGAUAAGGACCGCCACAUGGACCAUGCGGUACGAUUUGGACAUCGACUGAUCAAAGCUCUACAUGCCACUUUGCUUUACAAAGUUCAUUAUAUUCACUACGAUCGCUGGACAUUCAAUGAUUCUACUGGCGGUAUUCUGGGAGCACUGGUCAAUAAGGAAAUAGAUCUCUCCUCGACAGGUUUGAUGACCAAAAUCAAGAGGAUGGAACACCUGGCAAGCGUUCUGAGCUACAUGACUUUCGAGCUGAUGUUCAUCUUCAAAACACCGGAAAGCACUCAACUGACGGACAACGCAUUUAUUAGACCAUUUUCUACCAACGUCUGGCUAAUGAUCUUGCUGACCAUCGUCCUCGGAAGCAUUGCGAUGAAAUUUAGCUUUUCGGCCGAGUACAAACUCAGAGACAUCCUAAGAGCCAGAGAGAACCCCCCGUUUCUGAGUUUGAUCGUUGAAUUUCUGGGAAACUACUGUCAACAGGGAUCGCAAUACAUGCCGGAAAGUUUGUCGGGCAGGGCGAUGCAACUGUUCAUGCUGCUCUGCACACUCAUGGUCUACAACUACUACACUUCGGAGAUUGUAUCGGAUUUGAUCGGCAGUCACAAGGAGUCGGAUAUCAAGUCGUUGGUUCAGUUGGCUGAUAGCCACAUUGAGUUGGGCAUCGAAAAUGUGACCUAUGAGAAGGCAUUUUUCUACCAAUCCCAUCUACCCGAUGUCGACUACCUCACCAAGAAGAAAGUGACGGAAAAGACUUUCGUCAACUCGUCUGUGGGCCUCCAGCGAGUGCGUCGAGGAAAUUUCGCGUACAACUGCGAACGCAACGUGGCCUACAACCUUAUAAGAAAUUUGUUUGACUCAACGGAAGUUUGCGAUCUGAAUGAACUGGAAAGUAUGCCCACCCAAUUUGUGGACCACGUGGUGCGGAAGGAUUCGCCCUUUCGGGAGCUGUUCAGGGUCAAGUAUAUGCGAAUGCUGGAGGUUGGGAUCAAGAAGAGGUUUGCCGACUAUUGGGUAGCCAAGAAGCCGGAAUGUUUAUCGGGAAAUAUCAUCUCCAGUGUGACCAUUACUGGUGCGUUUCCAAUAUUUGUUCUCCUUGGGUUUGGAUUAGUGCUAUCAGUUGGGACUUUUGGGGCGGAAAUUGUAUCGCAGUUUGUUACGAAAGACUUGGUCAGGAACGUUUUGAACAAACGCUUUGACCAGAUUACAACCGAUGGCAUUGUCAAGAAGAAAUUUUUGUAAACCUAUCAAUUCGAAUUUCGAAAUAAAUGGAAGCAAUAUGAUUUAUGGAUUGAACAUCAAUAUAAGUUUCCUAUGAUGCGCUGAUACACACUGUACCACAACUGUACCAAACAAGGACUUAUAUGGGAUAAUUGUAGGUGGCUCAAAGAGUGGGGCAAAAGUUCGACCCUA